AAGCCACGCAUACUCCGCCAUCCACCAACAUCUCAUCAUCCAGUACAUACAACAGCAAGACGAGCAGAGCAUCAGCGAGCAACGACAAUGGCAGUGUCAGUAGCGUCGCCGACCAUGGAGAUCGAGCAGGACCUCCCCGGCUUCCGGUUCCACCCCACGGAGGAGGAGCUCCUCGGCUUUUACCUCUCCCGCGUCGCCCUCGGACAGAAGCUCCACAUCGACAUCAUCGGCACCCUCAACAUCUACCGCCACGACCCCUGGGACCUCCCCGGGAUGGCCAAGAUCGGCGAGAGGGAGUGGUACUUCUUCGUGCCUCGUGAUCGGAAGGCGGGCAGCGGCGGCCGGCCGAACCGGACGACGGAGAAGGGCUUCUGGAAGGCGACGGGGUCGGACAGGGCUAUCCGGAGCACCGGGGACCCCAAGCGAAUCAUCGGGCUCAAGAAGACGCUCGUCUUCUACCAGGGCCGCGCGCCAAGGGGCACCAAGACGGACUGGGUCAUGAACGAGUACCGCCUCCCUGACCACGCCGCCGGCUCCGCGCCGCCCAGGGAGGACACGGUAUUGUGCAAGGUAUAUCGGAAGGCCACGCCGCUCAGGGAGCUCGAGCAGAGAGCUUCCGCGAUGGAGGAGAUGAUGCUGCAGAGGCCCGGCGGCUGCGACGGAGGGUACGGCGGCGCGGCCAGAGCGUGCCCGGUCCAGGCCGCCACCUCCGCUGCCGACGACUACCUGUCGUUCUCUGACGAUGUCCAGGACAAUUUCCUGUUCCACUCCACUUGGCCGUCGUCGGCGGCGCCGUCUGGCAUUAACAAGAACGACGCCGCGCCCAGGGAAGCCAAGAAGGAGGCGGCAGACGCAGAUGUCGCCACGGUCAUAGUGGCGUCUGCGUCGUCUCUGCCGCAAGCGGCGAACACACCCUGCAACUUCCAGCUCCCGGAGGCGAACCCACUCUGCAAUUUCCAGCUCCCAGAGGCGAACCCACCCUGCGACCUCCAGCUCCCGGCGGCGAACACGCCCUGCAACUUCCAGCUCCCGGAGGCGAACCCGCCCUGCAGCGUCCAGCUCCCGGCGGCGAACCCGCCCAGCGUCCAGCUCCCGGCGGGGAACCAGCCACGCAGCUUCCAGCUACCGGCGGCAAACCCACCCUCCAGCUUCCAGCUCCCGGCGGCGAAUCCACCCAGCAAUCUCCAGCUCCCAACGGCGAACCCGCCGCGCAGCUUCCAGCUACCGCCGGCAAACCCACCCUGCAACAUCCAGCUCCCGGCGGCGAACCCACCGCGCAGCUUCCCGCUCCCGGUGGCGAGCCCACGAUGCAGUCUCCAGCUCCCGGCGGCGAACCCGCCGCGCAGCUUCCCGCUCCCGGUGGCGAGCCCACGCUGCAGUCUCCAGCUCCCGGCGGCGAGAAACGGAGUGUUCGACCUGCCCAGCCUGCAGCUCCCGGCGGCGGGGCACGGAGUCUUGGAGUGGCUGCAAGACCCGUUCCUGACGCAGCUGCGAAGCCCGUGGCAAGACCAGCAUUGCAUGUCCCCAUAUGCGCAUCUGCUCUACUACUGAAGGACGAAAAUCGAGGUGACGACGAUCUCACCAUCGAUCACAAAAUGCAAGCUGUGCAAGAGCAAGCAUGCAAAGUUUGAUUUGAACAAAAAUAAAUGGUUAGGUGUGAAUUCAGUUGUACAUAGAUUACUGUAGCGUUACGUGCCUAUCUGGAAGUGGAUCUUUCGUUUCUUUUGUACAUU